AUGCCUUCCAACGGCGACCUUGAGCAGAACUAUGGCACCGGGGAGGAGACUCGGCUCCUGGCAACAUCCAAGGAUCAUGAGGUUGAAACACUAUCCGACUCUGGCGGCUAUGCCACGGGCUUCGCUGUCUUCGGCCUAGCAUGGACAAUCAUGGGUGUUCAAGCAUUCAUCCGCUGGUUCGCCUCGGAUGACUUCCGACCCGCACCUUUGAUCGCGGGCGACGACGAGCUCGCGACAUGGAGACUCGUCUGUCUCCGUCUGGUUGAGGCAUUGAGCCUCGCCGUACUCAUCGGAUUCUUCUGGUUCUGCGUCUUCAGUCCCCUCCGGGCCGCUCGUCCCGGACCAGACGGGACUCGGACACGUCGCUUGACCCUCGACGGCAAAUUCGUCAUCGGCGGGAUGGUCGCGUGGGUCGCGGACGGCUUCCUCAAUUGCCAGCAGUACAUCUUCUCGUGGAACGCGCACAACGUCAACCUGGGUGUCUGGACGCGCUUCCUCCCCUUCCACCGCGAGGGCGGCCCGCACAACUACGCCGAGAGCCUCCUCUGGGGCCCGCCCAUGUACGUCUACUUCUGCGCGGGUGUCGCCCUGGUGGCCUGCGCGGCGAUCAGACCCCUCAAGCGUCGCUGGCCGUCCAUCUCCAACAUGACGCUCGUGGUCAUCAUCUGGCUGGGCGAGUUCGUCUUCGACUUUGUCGUCGAGAACACCAUCAUCCGGACCACGCACGGCUACGGCUAUCCCAAGACCUAUGCACCGCUCACCCUCUGGGCGGGCCAGACAGAGCAGUUCCCCAUCUACGAGUCUAUCCUCGUCGCGAGUCUCGGCUCCCUCUACACGCAAAUGCGACUUCUGGCUCUCAAGGACCCAAAUGGAUUGUCCCCGGUGGAAAAGGGGUAUGAGAGAUGGCCCCCCGCGCUGCAGGAUGCCGUGCGCACCUUUGCCGUCAUUGGCUUCUGUGCCUUUGCUACGCUGGCGGUCUAUCAUCUUCCGCUGAACUGGUUGGGUGUGAUUGGAACGUCAAAGGGGUAUCUCCCGUCAUACAUGAUUCCAGGGAGUGGGUUGGAUUCCAUGUAUCCAUGUUGA